AUGAGUGUACAAGAGCCAGAGAAGGCUAUCGAAGCGUACGAAACGGCACUGAAAAUGUCAAAUAAGGAUAUGGCUCUGACAGAGAAGAUUGGUGAAGCGUACGUGUUAUGUCAUCUAUACUCAAAGGCUGUAAACUUCUACGAAUCAGUGAUGAAUUCGACGAAGGAUAAACGAAUGCGCUUGAAAUUAGCCGGCUUACUUCAUCAGUUAGGAAACACAGAGAAAUGUAUGCGCAUAUUGCGACAGCCACUGGACGAAGAGCCUAACCCCAUAGAACCGGCUACCAUCUCUGCUCACGUACAAUAUCUAAAAUUACUGGCAGAAGUGCAGUUUGAAGGAGGGAAGCACACAGAGGCUCUGAACGAUUUGACAGCAGCUAAAAAUCUGCAGAUGAAGCUUCUCACAAAGAGUGAUUCCGUUGCGAAUCAGGAGGUGAAAAAGGAGAUAUCGAAAAUUCUCUGUAGUCAAGCAGAAAUCUACAGCAAUGCACAUGAUCACAAAAUGGUGAUUGAAAGAUACAAGGAAGCGCUCACAUUUUACGAAACGGAUAUCAAAAUGGUUGCCGACAUGCUCUACACCAAUAACGACACUGAUAAGGCAAUAGUACACUUCGCUCAGCUGUUGGAGAAGUAUCCAAGUGAGUUUGUUCUUCAUUAUGUAGGACAUCUAAUUUUUUUGGAUUUUUUUUUGUCAUUCUUUUUUGUUCUCUGUUUCUAACG